AGCUAACUUCCUUGUUGGAGGGGGGAGAGUCGGAGAGGUAGGCGGAGGUGUAAUUCGCUCAGCUAUGGUCUGAUUUAGGUUCCUAGCUACAUUUUUUAAAACUAACAUUGGUUGGCAUACUACACCAUACAUUUAUUCAGGAGGCUAGCUUCAAGGGUCGCAUUUUCUGCGGUGUCAGACAUAUGGAUGACGAUGUUUAGGUAUAUCAUGCUCGUAGCUAACGUUUAUGUAGCCCGGUAGCUAGCAUGCUAGCUAGCGUUAGCUCGAAUGGGUCGAAAGACGAAGUCGCUGAAAUGACAGUCGGAAACUGUUGGGACUUUUAUUACCUUUGUUUGUUUGUUUUAAUGACAUUGGGUUUUUAAGUUGCACGAAGGUCGGAUAAGGGCGCAUUCCUUAAACCACGCGCGCCCUGAUCUAGAAACGUGAAGCCAGGGGCUGUCGUAAUGUCGGAGCCCAAGGCGUCCACUCCGACACCCGGAGACAUGUACAAAGGCUGGCUCUUCAAAUGGACGAAUUACAUAAAGGGAUAUCAGAGACGAUGGUUUGUCUUGAGCAACGGCUUGCUGUCCUACUACAGGACGCAGGCGGAGAUGGGGCACACGUGUCGAGGCACCAUCAACCUGGCGACGGCGAACAUCGCGGUCGAGGACUCGUGCAACUUCGUCAUCUCCAACGGCGGCGCGCAGACGUACCACCUGAAGGCCAGCUCAGAGGUGGAGAGGCAGAGGUGGAUCACCGCUCUGGAGCUGGCCAAGGCGAAGGCGGUGCGAAUGCAGGCUGAGUCUGAUGAUUCGGGCGAUGACUGCUCCACGUCCUCACCGCCUCCCUCGGGACAGGGUGGGGGAGCCCGCAAUUCGGAGGUGCAGUCCACGCUACGCACUCUGGGAAGCAAGGUGGAGGACCUGAGCACCUGCAAUGACCUGAUCGCCAAGCAUGGCUCCGCCCUACAGAGAUCUUUGUCGGAGCUUGAGGGAGUGCGGCUCGGAGGAGAGACCGGCGACAAGAUUCGACAAGUAACGGAGAGGGCGACGCUGUUCCGGAUCACCUCCAAUGCCAUGAUUAACGCGUGCCGGGACUUCCUGGCUCUGGCUCAGGCCCACAGCAAGCGCUGGCAGAAGGCCCUGCAGGCGGAGCGGGAGCAGCGGGUGCGUCUGGAGGAGACCCUGGAGCAGCUGGCCAAGCAGCACAACCACCUGGAGCGGGCCUUCAGAGGGGCCACCGUGCUGCCCGCCUCGCAGGCCAGCCCCGCCGGAGAGGCCAAGGGUUCAGCCUCUGUGAAGGGGGAUGCCAGCGAUGAGGAUGACGAAAAUGAGUUUUUCGACGCGAUGGAAGACGUGGCCGAGUUCAUCACCGUACCAGCCGACCCCAAGUACCACAAGAGGUCCGGCAGUAAUAUCAGUGGUAUCAGCAGCGAGAUUGGAAUGGAUGACCAGUCGCUUGACGAGCAGUCCCUGGCGUCCAAUCCGGAGUCGCCUCAGUCCCAGGAGGUGGAGCCAGUGAGGAAGAGGCGGGCUCGUAUACCCGACAAGCCAAAUUAUUCCCUCAACUUGUGGAGCAUCAUGAAGAACUGCAUCGGCAAAGAGCUGUCCAAGAUCCCCAUGCCCGUGAACUUUAACGAGCCCAUCUCCAUGCUGCAGCGUCUCUCCGAGGACCUGGAGUACUCGGAGCUGCUGGACAAGGGGGCCAAGUGCCAGAGCGCCCUGGAGCAGCUGUGCUACGUGGCGGCCUUCACCGUCUCGUCCUACUCCACCACCGUGCACCGCACCGGCAAGCCCUUCAACCCCCUGCUGGGGGAGACCUUCGAGCUGGACCGGCUGCGGGAGAGCGGCUACCGGUCUCUGUGCGAGCAGGUGAGUCAUCACCCACCUGCAGCAGCACAUCACGUGAUCUCUGAACGAGGCUGGACCCUGAGGCAGGAGAUUGCCGUCGCCAGCAAGUUCCGGGGAAAGUACCUGUCCAUCAUGCCUCUAGGUUCAAUCCACUGUAUAUUUGAGAAGAGUAACAAUCACUACACUUGGAAGAAGGUCACCACCACUGUCCAUAACAUCAUAGUGGGAAAGCUGUGGAUUGACCAGUCCGGAGAGAUAGACAUCGUGAAUCAUCGCACAGGAGACCGCUGCCACCUCAAGUUCGCCCCCUACAGCUACUUCUCCCGAGACGUGGCCCGAAAGGUGACGGGCGUGGUGGCCGAUAAGGAGGGCAAGGCCCACUUCGUGCUGUCGGGCACGUGGGACGAGAAGAUGGAGUUCUCGCGGGUGAUGCAGAGCAGCAGAGGAGGGGAGAACGGGGCGGAGGGCAAGCAGAAGACCGUGUACCAGACGCUGCGCGCGAGGGAGCUGUGGAGGAAGAACCCGCUGCCGGAGGGUGCUGAGACCAUGUACUACUUCUCCUCUCUGGCCCUGACGCUGAACGAGCCGGAGGAGGGCGUGGCUCCCACGGACAGCCGGCUCCGCCCGGACCAGCGCCUGAUGGAGGACGGGCGCUGGGAGGAGGCCAACGUGGAGAAGCAGCGGCUGGAGGAGAAGCAGCGGAGCGUGCGCCGCGAGAGGGAGAGAGAGGCCGCCCGCACCGCCAACUCUGCUGAGGAGGGUGAGCAGGAGGCCAUCAUUGAGGAUUCCAUUACUGACUCGCCUCUGAAAAGCACCCACCAGGACAGCUACAAAGCGCUGUGGUUCGAGAGGUGCGAGGACCCCGCCACGGGGGAGGCCACGCACAUCUACAAGGGCGGCUACUGGGAAGCCAAGGAGCAAGGAAGCUGGGAGGCUUGCCCAGAUAUAUUCUGACCCGAUCGGAACCUUCCCCAGAGAGAAGCCCGUACACUGUAACCUGCUCUCAUCCCACUGUGGUCAGGGAGGGCAACGGGGCAGCUGUCCCCAAUCAGUUCUGAUUAAAAACACCCGCCCCCACCCCACCCCCUCCGCGUCAGUAAAUUGUUCUCUCUCGGCUGGAAGACGCCGAGGGUGGGCACAACCAGCUGGCAAAUGGGGGAGGGGCAUCCGCUUAAUGCCUUCAUCGAUUUUAGAUAUCACCUUUCCCCCCCCCCCCCCCCCCCCCCCCCCCCCACCUCAAACUUAUACUAUGAAUUACCCAGUCGUAGUCUCACUCUUUGCUCUCCUCCUCUUCCUCCUCAGAGCUUGAGAAUAUAUAAUAUCAGAUAAGGUGUGGUUAUUAAUUGCUAGCAAUGUAAUACUUUAAAACAGAGACCGUUAAUGUAACUACUCACAUACACCCCAAUCACACUAAUCCCUGUGGGUUACCUGUUCACCGUCGCACCUUUUCUGUUGGUCACGGACUUGAAAUGGGGGAGGCAGUUGUGCUAGGGAUGUGUUCGUCUUUACUGUGUUUCACAAACGCCGUUCUGGAGUGUGAGCGCAUCGAGUGCUUGUGAUGUCUCGUCAGCUGACCCCAUUGGUACAUUGCACCACUGUACAGUUCUCUUCUGUCUUGGCUCUUGGAAUGCAUAGUUCUAGAAGUUCUUCACCCAGGGUUAUGGAACAGUCAAGCGCUACAGCGAGUCACUGACGCGCCGCUCUAGAACACAUGCGUGUGUUGCUACCCAGUGUCAUUCGUUUGUGGGCUCCACCCACUCGUUCUCUUGAGAUGUGGUGUGCGGUGACCCGCGUCCCCAGCUUGGUUCCUCAGAAGCCUCCAGGUCACUGGCGCCCAGACUGUGUUAGCAUAAUCCAGCACCUCGAACCUGAGCUGGACCUUUAGCCACGACCACUGACCAUGCUGCAUCCAGAACCAAGGUCGUUUUGAUUGAAGGGUCUUGAUUGAACCUUGCAGUUUUUUUUUUUUUUUUGCGCAAAAUUCAGCAUGUCUGAAAUUAUCGGCUGCUAAGCUUAGUUUCAACUUUCAGCUCUGCACCAGGUGUAGUGUUCGAUGGACAAGGGAGUUUGAAAUAAAUGCAACGACGAUGUUUCUGUCUCCAUGUUAGAAUAGCAGCUUUUGUAUCUGAAGACUUUAAGCUUUGUCAGAUGGUAAAUGAAUGAAAUUAUAAUAUCCGUGCAGAGGUAGGUGACUGCUGCAUUGAACUGCAACAGAGUUGGGUGUCAAUGAAAUGUGGGCAUUUUGUUGCUUAAGGAUGACUGGACAGGACUUUUGCACAUCGAAAUAUUGUGUCAGAUCUAGUUAAUUCUGUAUCUGCAUGUAAGAGGAAGCACAGACUGCUGAAUUAUCACUGGAUCCAUAGAUGCAUCCACCCCCACCCCCACCCCCACCCCCCACCAUGUGAUGAUGACUGGAUGGAUAUGCUGAUUCAGCACUUACAUUAAAUGUCAGUGGCCUAGGCCCAUUUUGACCAUGGUCCCUAGUGCACUGCAACAUGAACUGUUAUUUCCUGAGACAACACUAAUGUUCAUUUUUAAAAGGAAACAAAAAAAAUUAAAUAGUGGUAUAAUAUCAGUGGUUCAACUCUGUGCUGGUUGGUGCAUUUACCCAUGGGUGAUGAGCCUUGCUGUUAUCAAUCCUCAGAAAAAAGCACAAAAUGUGCUUUUUGUUUAAUUGAUGUAUUUUUUUGUUGAGUUUUUUUUUUUUUUUUCUCCUUUAAUGAAGGGUUUUCUCUCCGUGUUUGCUGUCCCUCAGUCAGCCGUCUGCUACACGUGUGUGGCGUACUGUAGCCGAUACCGGUCUCAAAUGAAGGAUUUAGCACAAAAUGUAUUAUGUAGAGAACUUAGCAAUAGAAUAUGGUAGAAUAUAUAUUUUUAAAUCACUUUUUCGUUUAGCGGGCGUUACCAUGUAUUGCAGGAGGGAGGUUGGCGUAGUUUGGCGUUUGUGUCGCACUGAACCCAGCAAGUGUUCAGUGCAGCAUGUUAUGGAAGUGCACCGUUCACAGUGAGCCAGGCCCUGCGGCAGGGCCAGUAUAGUAACUGACGCAGCUAAAGUAGUGUUGAGGCUUGUGUCACAUCCCCCUGUCGAACCAGAGGAAGCGGCUGUAUGUGAAUUAAUGGGAGCUCAGGUUCCGUUUGGCUCCAGUGUGUGGACAGGUGACAUCGGUCUGAAGCUCUGCUCUAAAAACCCAGCAGACAGGCAGAGAGUAAAAUGCUAGCAGCAGGUCGGUCAGUAGAAAUGGCCGCAAAUGCUGCUUUCCUCCUUUUUCCUCUGGUUUGGAUGAGGGGUGGGGAAGCUACUGGGGCAGAAAUUGUCCACUGUACACUAUGGUAUAGAUGUUUCUGUGUAUACAAGCAUAUGCAAGCCUGUGUGGGGUCACGAGACAACUUGAAUAAAGUUGGACAGAGAUGUGUGGGGUGCACAUCUGUUCAAUUUCCCUGCCCCCUGACACCCCCCCCCCCCCCCCCAAAAAAAAGCAAAACCUUUUCUUUCUUUUUUUUCAAGUGUACUUAAAUGAAGUGGGGGGGGGGGGGGGGGACAAGAAUACAAAACAGUUAUUGCAAUUAUCUGUGUAUAUAUCAAGCGAUUAAGAAUAAUGAUUAUGGUCAAUGAUGUUUGGGAAGGAUGUGAUUUUUCAUCUUUUUUUCCCCCAUCUUCUCUGUUGGUCUUGUUUUUCACCUUUUAAAAGAAAAUUUGGGGCAUUUUUUUUUUUUUUUACAGAAAACUGAGUGCUCCUCUCUGAAAUUAAGCUAAAUUAAACAUUUUAAUUUCUAAUUAUUCAACAUCAGUUUUCUUUGUACAAUGGCAGUCAAAUGGCUUUUUCUUUGCUGUUAUACUGUUGUAACAAUAUUUUUCUGUGUUUACAGGUUGUGUUUUCAUUUUGAUUUCCAUUAUUUUUAAACAUUUUUUAUUAUUUUGCAGUACAAUGGGGUUGCAGCUUUGUCACUGGCUCUCUCUGUCUGUCUCUCUCUGUCUCCCUGUUUGACUACAGGUUAUUCUGAGUGUAUAUUACAUGACGAUGAUGAGAGAUGGGAUAAUAAAAGAUGAAAGAACGUUG